GGGGCCGUAGUUUCAGUAUAAACAAGGCGCCCGACUGGUUGGACGGAUUUUUCUUUUCCUUCUUCCCGCGCUCUUCGCUCCCGGCCUUUUGGUCGCGAUUGUGGGCGCACGGCAAACAGCCCGGAAGCCGAGGACCCGGGGUCCGUCUGCAGGAAAGUAUGCCUCAGACUCCUCCCUUUUCAGCAAUGUUUGACAGCAGUGGUUAUAACCGAAACCUCUAUCAGUCUGCAGAGGACAGCUGUGGAGGGUUGUAUUACCAUGACAACAACCUCCUCUCCGGAUCUCUGGAAGCACUCAUCCAGCACUUAGUGCCUAAUGUGGAUUACUAUCCGGAUAGAACGUACAUAUUUACCUUCCUACUCAGUUCUCGGUUAUUUAUGCAUCCGUAUGAGCUAAUGGCCAAGGUUUGCCACUUAUGCGUCGAGCACCAGAGACUAAGUGAUCCUAAUAGUGAUAAGAACCAGAUAAGAAAAAUUGCACCUAAAAUCCUUCAACUCCUGACAGAAUGGACGGAGACGUUUCCUUAUGAUUUUCGGGAUGAAAGAAUGAUGAGAAACUUAAAAGAUCUGGCUCACCGAAUAGCCAGUGGCGAGGAGACAUAUAGGAAGAAUGUCCAACAGAUGAUCCAGUGUCUAAUCCGCAAACUUGCUGCACUCAGCCAGUAUGAGGAAGUCCUGGCGAAAAUCAGCUCCACAUCGACAGAUCGGCUCACAGUCCUCAAGACCAAGCCACAGUCCAUACAAAGGGACAUCAUUACUGUCUGCAGUGACCCUUACACGUUGGCCCAGCAGCUGACUCACAUAGAGCUGGAAAGGCUCAAUUAUAUUGGGCCAGAAGAAUUCGUUCAGGCAUUUGUGCAGAAGGACCCUUUGGACAAUGACAAGACUUGCUACAGUGAACGAAAGAAGACACGAAACCUAGAGGCAUACGUGGAAUGGUUUAAUCGCCUCAGCUACUUGGUUGCUACAGAAAUCUGCAUGCCUGUGAAGAAGAAGCACCGAGCAAGAAUGAUUGAGUAUUUCAUUGACGUAGCUCGCGAGUGUUUUAACAUUGGCAACUUUAAUUCCUUGAUGGCAAUAAUCUCUGGCAUGAAUAUGAGUCCAGUCUCUCGACUCAAAAAAACUUGGGCCAAAGUGAAGACUGCAAAGUUUGACAUUCUUGAGCAUCAGAUGGACCCUUCAAGCAAUUUCUACAAUUAUCGAACAGCUCUUCGUGGGGCAGCACAGAGGUCUUUAACUGCUCAUAGUAGCAGAGAGAAGAUUGUGAUACCCUUCUUCAGUCUUUUAAUCAAAGAUAUUUAUUUCCUCAAUGAAGGCUGUGCCAACCGCCUUCCCAAUGGCCAUGUCAACUUUGAGAAAUUUUGGGAACUGGCCAAACAAGUGAGUGAAUUCAUGACCUGGAAACAAGUGGAGUGUCCCUUUGAGAGGGACCGGAAGAUCUUGCAGUAUCUGCUCACGGUGCCAGUCUUCAGUGAAGAUGCUCUUUACUUGGCUUCCUAUGAGAGUGAAGGACCAGAAAAUCAUAUAGAGAAAGACAGAUGGAAGUCCUUAAGGUCGAGCCUCUUGGGCCGAGUUUAACAAACGGCACGUUGACUACCGCUGCUGCUGCUGCUGCACGCAGAUCAUCGAGGGGCUGGCCUUUGUUUUCUGGCAUCUAGUCCUACGAAAAAUCGUGAAGUCCCUGCAAGCAAGCCCACUCCAGAGCAGAUGGGGAACUUAUUUCCCACAGCUGACAGAUUGACUCAGAUUUUGUGGGACCAAAAUGUUCACCGAAGACGCUUGAGAAAGAGUCCUCUAAAGAUCCCGGCUCUGCACAUGAUUCAUCUCCUGGAAUUUCCAUGUGAAUCACUGCUCUGCACCUGGAUGGAGCUUUCUUUUGUGUGUUUUUUUUUUUUAUUUGGUUGAACAUUUGCUGCUAAUGGGACUUGCCCAGCUGAGCGCUGGCUGUUAGGAAGCCCAUGUUUCUUUGUUAACUUAAAUGAAAAAGGGAGAGGAGGGAGGGGAAAUAACCCCUCCGUUUAGAUCCCAAACUUCAGCUCAGUGGUGUUGCCAGGAGGGGUGAGACUGGUUGGAGGCUGACCUCGGACUUCGUUUCCCUUAGCGUGUGCUGUGUUGUAAAUUCCCCUCUCCCCUCUUCCUACAAGGUUUUGAGUUGGCUGCUGGUUAGCAAACUCCUUUUUACCCAUAUAAGUUAUUUAAUAUAAUGAUGAAGCUCAACACUGUGGUAGGAAUAUAGCCACUAGGAAAAAAAAAGCAGAGUUUGUCAUUGGACUGCUCAACGUUCUAGAAGGACUUUUUGUUUUCUUUGCCCUUCUGAGUUGUUUACAACUGACCACUGUGUUCUACAGAUGUAUUUUUUGGUAGUUUUUUGUUACUUAGUUUUCCAUGACGCCUAUUUUUUUUUUUCUCUUGUAAAUUUAAAUUAUCUGACUUUCAGGGUCUUGGAAAAACCCGUGGCCUAAUUACAAUUUAAUUUUUUUAACAGACUCCUAUUUUUCCUUACCUUGCGGUGUCUGUUGUGACUAAAUGUGAACGAGGAGUAAAUUGGAAAAGUUACCACCCACCCCCUCCCCUACAGCCAUGAACAAAAUGAAUGAAAAACAUCUCGCUGUUAACUCAGAGGUCGCUCUAAUUGUGAAAUAGUUCACCUUGUUAAACAUCUAAAGAAGUCUGUUGUUGCUCUGCAAACAGCCAUUUAUUUAUUUACUCUAGAAACUGUAGAGUAGUAAACCGUGCUAAUGAAAAACACAAAACAUCAUGUUCCAAAUAGAGAUGUAUUUGAAAACUUAAUGACAUGGUUUCAAAAAACAGAGCAUGUAUGUAGGCUGCACGCCAUCUCAGCAGACCUCAGAUGUCUCCAGAUUGUCCCUUUACAACCAUCAAUAUAUUUUACACUCUGCGGCCAGGA